AUGCAAGCUGCUGCAACGCCUGCAGCCUACGCUCACCAGCAGCCCCGCGAUCUGAUGGCUUCGCCGACGCCAGCAGCCCCGCGAUCUAAUGGCUUCGUCGACGCCAGCAGCCCCGUGAUGCGAUGCGAUGGCUUCGGCGGCGCCAGCAGCGUUUCAAAAUGCAGAAAUUACUAUUUGGGACAAAAGAUUGCUGGGGAAAGAAACUCAAAGUUCAACAAUAGCAUUGCUUCUUCGCCUCAUACUAUGUGCGAGAGAAAGGCUGAAAAUUUGAUGAGACCCUCGCAACAUAUUGAUAAUGUCAUGCAUGUCCAAUCUAAAGAGGAAAAAGAAAAAAAUCAUUUGCGUUUGCGGACCACAGUUGUCACUGUUCGUUGGCUAGCACUUCAAGGGUGUGCCUUUAGAGGUAAUGAUGAAUCUAUAUCUUCAUCUAAUCGUGGGAAUUUUCUUGAAUUAGUAAAGGCUUUUGCAAAAAUGAGUACAGAAAUUAAUGAAGUUGUACUUGAGCAUGCUCCAAAAAAUGCUCAAUAUAUCACUCCAGAAAUUCAGAAAGAGAUUUUACAUAUUAUGACUAAUAGAGUACAAAAGAUGGUUCGUGAAGAAGUUAGUGAUAAAUGUUUCUCCAAGGAUGUCAAUGUUAUUUGGAAAUUUUUUUCUCAUUUGGAUAAUAUAGUAAAUAUUGUUACUUCUUCUACUAAACGCAUUGCUGAGUUACAUACUGUACAGAUAAUUGAAAUCGAGCAUAUGUUGGCAAUUGGAGAACGUGAUUCUGGAAGUGGGGCUAAUCAGAUUGGUAGUUUGCAGCGAGCGGGAGCUACUCGUUGGAGUUCUCACUAUGACUCAGUAAAAAGCUUGAUAGGUAUGUAUGCUGCAACUUGCAAAGUUUUUGAAGUUCUUAGUAACCAUUCUCCAAAUGGAAGAGCUAAGGCUGAAGUUCGGGGGAUUUAUAGAAACAUGAUACUCUUUGUCAAAUUCUUCAAAGAAAAUCUUAAGAUAUUUUGUCUGCUGUUACAUUUGUCUCUACUACCAAAACUAUCCUCCAAGAACUUAGAGAAUGCAGCAAUAGAUUUCAUCUUGAUGGAGUUAAAUACUCGAUUUAAUGAGUCAUCAGUGGAACUUUUUUCUCGUAGUACCGCUUUAGAUCCUAAAAAUUCGUUUGAAUCAAUUAAUACUGAUGAUAUUUGCAAGCCUGCAAUGAAGUUUUAUCCUGAAGAUUUCACAAAUCAAGACAUCAUUGCUUUGAAGUAUGAAUUGGUACAUUAUAAACUUGAUGUCAUACAAAAUUUGAAGGCUUCUACACUUGUUGAGUUAUGUCAGCAAUUGACUGAGAGUGGACGGUCAAAGGUUUAUGUUAUGUUGACUAGAUUGAUUCAUCUAGUUUUGAUGUUACCUGUUUCUACUGUCACUACUGAGCGACCCUUUUCAACAAUGAAGAAUAUGAAGACAACACUUCGCAAUAAAAUGGAGGAUGAAUUUCUUGAAGAUUGUUUGACACUUUAUAUUGAACAAGAUUUAGCUAAGGAUAUAGAUGUAAAUUCUAUUAUAGAUGAAUUUUAUGUUUCAAAAUUUCGUAGAACACAACUUUGUUGA